GCGUCGAUCUGCUCAGAACCCAGAGGGACGAUAUUCACGUUGUUUCAGUGCAAACCUGCAGAAACAUUUAUUACAUUUAAUCAUCAUAAAUACAAAAGGUUAUAAACAACACUAGGAGGGGGACGCGGGCAAACCACGUGACCGAAUGCGGAAGUGGUGGAGCAGGGGGUCGUUCUGAGGUCACGCUGCUGAGAUGACCGGGCUGUGACAGCGUGUGUCCAAGUGUGUCUGUACCGGACCCAUUCCCGUGACAUGGCCGCUGCAAAGAAGAGUUGUGCGAAGUCAGGAGGCGUGCGCUUCUCAGAGGUGGCCCCCGCCGCCGGAGCCCCGUCUCAUGUCCACUUCGACGAAAAGCUGCAUGACUCCGUUGUCAUGGUGACUCCAGAGGAUGACGGCAACUUCAUGGUCAAGGUCGGCUUCCUGAAGACGCAGCAUCGAUAUGAAAUAGUGUUCAACCUGCCCGAUGUCCCAGCUCUGGGGAAGGAUGUGUGUCCAGCGCCUGUGCCCAGUCCGCACCUCCGCAUCACCGACAUCACACCUGCACCAGAGGGAGGUCUGAAGGUGACGUGCGAGUACAUGGCCCAGCAGGAGGGAGUUCUGUGCGAGGAGGUGCUGCUGCUGAGCGAGACCAACGAGGACGUGUGUGUCAAAGUCAAGGUUCACGCCAGAGUCAUGGAUCGUCACCACGGCACCCCCAUGCUGCUGGAGGGGGUUCGCUGCAUCGGGGUGGAGCUGGAGUACGACUCCGAACAGAGCGACUGGCAGGGAUUCGACUGAACCCCCACUUCCUGCUCCCUUUUCCCACCGGAAGUACACAAACACACGCUAACACACACACAGUUACCUGCCGUCAUAGGACGAUACACACACACACACACACACACACACACGUGUUCAUCCCAACAUGUGCUCAUCUGCGGACCUCACCGGAAGUGGAAGUCCUGUGACCUGAGAGCAUUUACAUCCAAAGACGUUCCUCUGCUUUCUCCACAUCACCGACAGCUUCUGAACAGACGUGUUGUCUCUUCUCUUUCUGCAGCUCCUCCAACUUUCUUCAUCCUCGUCCCCCUGUGCUGUUACUCUGCGUUCAUCCUCUAGAGGGCAGCAGUGCUCUUUAAAUCCGUGCGGCCUCAGCUUCCCCCUCUCGCUGCGUCUCGUUUCCUGAUGUGAAGAGUGAAUCCCUCAUGAAGUCUUGUUUGUGAAUUUUACAAGAUUGAGACUGACCCGAAAAGAAGAACAUCUGCACAUCCCAGGUGAAAUAGAGAUGAACUGAGAGGAAGUGCUGGGGCCUGUAAUGUCUCCGCUUCACCACAAGGGGGCACUGCAGGCGACUUUGCAUUUAAAGUCUAAUCCAACUGUGCAAUUCAUAAUAAUAAUAAUAGUAAUAAUAGUAAUAGCUUGAAUUCACAUGUAAGAGGUUUUAAUGGACAUUAUCUCAACAUGCCCUGAAAACAUCUGCUUAGUUUUUAGGUUUUAGUCCCAAACACUGGAUGUGAAGAUUUGCACCUACAAAAAUAUAAACCAAGAAAAAUAAAGCGUCUCUAGUUGGAGCGACUUUUUCUUGUUAUUGGGAAUCUGAGAUCGACUGCUGAUGACACACGCUAAACAAAAUGUUUUUUUCUUAUUGAGCUCUAAAAGUCUUUUUUUUGUUUUGGAGAGUUUAUAGAACAAAAAUCUGAUAUUUAAAUACAUCACCGUGGUCUUGGGAAUAUCCUGAUACACAUUUGAAAGUAUUAAUCUAUUAACCCAUAUUUUUGGUGGAUUUUUCUUCCCUGUUAGAAAGCAGCUGGUCCAAUCAACAUUUGGUUUAACUUCAUGAAGCCUUCCGAAAAACACACACACACACACACACACACACACACACACACACACACACACGACAUAAGUGCCUCUCACGCCUCCGUCCUGUUCCCUCACUCGAGCCUGAUGUUGUUUCACCAUCUCCCUGCUCGUCCUCGUCUCACACACACACACACAGACACACACACAUGCAGCGGUUUGGAGCGGGAGUACAGAGAAAGAACGUGGGACAGAAAAAGUGUUUCAGUUUAUUUGUUGUGUUUCCUGCGUGGAAUCCGUCCACCAGCUUCCCUCAGUCUCAGCCGCUCUCGUCACGGCACCAGUGCAGAUCAGCGAGAGUCGACAGGCGUAACGUCCUGUCACCUUGGCUCAGUUUACAUCUGUGAGCAAGUGCCAUGAUCUGCUUCCACUGACAUCUUCCUCCUCCUCUUCCUCCUUACUCAUGUUUCAUCACUUCUCUUUCCUCUGCUCCUCUCCUACCGAAUGCAUUCAGCCUUAAAGCAAAUGACUGUGUGUAGUUUCUCUCUGUGUUGGACUGUGAGCUGUUGGUGUCGUACAGAGUUUAUAGGUUUAUUAGAUGUUUGCUUGCGUGUUUUAAAGGUCAGAAUCCGGUUUGUUCCCUCUCGGUGUGAAACUAAAGUGCUCUGUAGUUAACGUAGAGGUUCCCGUGUCGAUAUCUGCUCCCUGUGCGAGUGAUUGAUGUGUUUGAUUUCAAAAAAUGAUGAAUAAAAAUGUGUCUGUCUUUUGA